AUGCUAUCGCACGCCGACCUCCUGGACGCUCGGCUGGGUGAGUUGUCCUCGCCCAACUCGGCGCUUCAACUCUGCUGGAUGAAGGACGCGGCCGAGCUGCUGGGCCACCGCGAGGCUUUAAAGUGCAGGCUGAGCGGAGCUGGAUCGGAACCGGGACAUUCGGACGGUGUGGAGGGUACCACCAUGCUCCCCGCCGAGGAUAUGGCUUCGUCAGGGCCGGGAGCCAGCGCCAAUCCGGUGCAGGUGAUCAAGGAACAGGACAAGCAGAACAGUGGAGGUGCAGCUCAGCAGAAUCCUCCGAAUCAGCAGCAGGCCCAGAAACAAAAGCGGCACCGGACCCGCUUCACGCCGGCGCAGCUCAAUGAGCUGGAGAGGAGCUUUGCCAAGACGCACUACCCGGACAUCUUCAUGCGGGAAGAGCUCGCCCUCAGGAUCGGUCUCACCGAGUCCAGAGUGCAGGUGUGGUUCCAGAACCGUCGCGCCAAGUGGAAGAAGCGCAAGAAGAGCACCAACGUGUUCCGGGCUCCCGGCACGCUGCUGCCGACACACCACGGCCUGCAGCAGUUCACCUCUGCGGCGGCGGCGGCUGCAGCGGCGGCGGCCAUGGGCGACGGCCUGUGCUCCUUCCACGCCAACGACGGACGCUGGGGCCCGGCCAACAUGUCCCAGCUGCAGCUUCCCCCCGCCCUGGGAGGGCGGCAGCCGUCCAUGGCACAGUCGCUGUCCCACUCCCAGUGCGGCCUCCAGCCACCUCCGCCGCCCACCUCCAUGGGGCUGUCCAACAUGUCCGGCAACAACGGCGGGGGCGGCGGCGGGCUCCAGUCCCACCUCUAUCAGGCCCCUUUCCACGGCAUGGUGCCCUCCGCCAACGUGGGCGGCUCGCCACAACUGUGCGCGUCCCCGCCGGACAGUGACGUGUGGCGGGGCACGAGCAUCGCCUCGCUCCGUCGUAAGGCUCUGGAGCACACGGUGUCCAUGAGCUUCACCUAA